AUGGCCCAGGACUGUAUCGAGGCUGCUGAAAACAUCGCUCUUUGUGUUCAGCAUCAAAAGUCGAUCGUCGACGAUAUUCUCACGGUCUCAAAGCUGGACUCGAAUCUUCUCCGCAUCACUCCAAUUCCAGCGCAGCCUAUCAUCGUUGUACAGCGGUCUAUGGCAAUGUUCCGUCCUGAAAUACAAGCCAAGAACAUCGACUUCAAGUUCGUUCCGCAUCAGAGUAUCCGAGAUCUCGAAAUUGACUGGGUCAUUCUUGAUCCAAGUCGACUCCUUCAAAUCAUCGUCAACCUUAUUACCAAUGCCAUCAAGUUCACUAUGGACGCACCAGUUCGCUCGAUCACAGUUCAUGUCUGUGCUCAUGCGGAAUCGCCAGACUUUGGCGUACCAGAAGGAUUCCAAUUUGUUCCGCCAAGACAAAUCGUGAGCGAAUUCGGAAACGGCGAGGGUUGGGGCUCAGGCUCGUUCGUCUAUCUUCGGUUCAAUGUCCAGGACACUGGAUGCGGUUUGUCGCCUCAGCAGAUAUCGCUGCUAUUUGAGAAGUUUGCGCAAGCUGCUGACGAAAUGCUCAAUUUGAAGUCCCCACGAACGCAUAUGCAAUACGGAGGUAGCGGUCUCGGACUCUUCAUCUCGCGUCAACUUGCCGAGCUUCACGGCGGUCAAAUCGGAGUCUCGUCACAAGCUGGCGUCGGCAGUACUUUCGGGUUCUACUUGAAAUGCAAACGCAUGAUUGCAAAAAAGCCUACGAUCUCAACGGACACAGUGAAGCACGCUCUAGACGCCGAACACGCGGCAUCUUCGCGCAAAAUCAGCGCCGCAGCUGCGAACCAGAACUCCACCGCGCCCGCUGCCACGCCUAAGGAAGUUGAGACCCCGGUACAAGCACAGAUUCCCCAGCCCACAAACGACAAGAAAGACGAAGAAGAAGAUGACCGACUUCACGUUCUUGUCGUCGAAGACAAUCUAGUCAACCAAAAGGUACUGGUGAAACAGCUCACAAAAGCUGGCUGCGUCACACAUACCGCCGACAACGGCGUCUGGGCAUUGAAGCAGCUCGCGAAAUCGAAAUUUUGCAAUGCUGAUGGUAUGCCACUCACCAUCAUUCUCAUGGACUGCGAGAUGCCCGAGAUGGACGGCCUCACCUGCUGCAGGAAGAUACGAGAGAUGGAGGAACGGAAAGAGAUUACGAAGCAUGUGCCAAUCAUUGCGGUCACCGCGAAUAUUCGAGGGGGGCAGAUGGAUGACGCAAAGGAAGCGGGUAUGGAUGAUGUUGUUGGAAAGCCGUUCAGAAUUCCGGAUCUCUUGGCCAAGAUGAAGGCCUUGUUGAAGAAGCUAGAGGACUAA